AAGUUCCAACCACGUGUCCACUGAUUGAUCAUUAUACAUUUGCCAGUUGGCUUGCACUUGUCUUUAUCGCCCGUAACUCCGAGGCGGAGCUUGUUGUGUAUGUUGUGCGCCAACUUCAGCUUAUCCGGAUCUAUCAAGCACGGGCGCACCGGGCCAUUGAAGAAGCGCGUGUCAUCGGACACUGUCCGCCGAGUCUCAGAGGGCCACUCUCACUCUCACUCUCACCGUCACCGUCACCGCUGUGUCGCGCUCGUCUCCAUUUCCCUCUCACUCGUUCUGCGCGCUCUGCUCCAGUGAUGGCGGGCAUAUGGAGCUGGUGUUAAGGCUGUGCAGACGUUAUGACCAGUAGAGGCCUUUACAAAGUGAAUAAGGAAUCAACAUCUCCUGCACCUAAAAGACGUAUGGAGAAUCACAAAAAGCCGACAUCGGAGGCGGUGAGGGGGGCGAUUCAGCUUGGCAUUGGCUACACAGUGGGGAACCUGACGUCCAAACCUGACAGGGACGUCCUUAUGCAGGACUUCUACAUGGUGGAGAGUGUCUUCCUACCCAGCGAGGGCAGUAAUCUGACGCCGGCCCAUCACUACCCAGACUUCCGCUUUAAGACCUACGCCCCUCUGGCCUUCAGAUACUUCAGAGAGCUGUUUGGGAUCAAGCCUGACGACUACCUGUACUCCAUCUGUAAUGAGCCCCUGAUCGAGCUGUCCAAUCCUGGGGCCAGUAGCUCUUGGUUCUACCUGACCAGCGACGACGAGUUCAUCAUCAAAACCGUCACGCCCAAGGAGGCCGAGUUCCUUCAGAAACUCCUGCCAGGAUACUACAUGAACCUGAACCAGAACCCUCGCACACUGCUGCCCAAGUUCUACGGGCUUUACUGCGUCCAGUGUGCAGGGGUCAACAUCCGUGUGGUUGUCAUGAACAAUGUGUUGCCACGGGCAAUGAAGAUGCACUACAAGUAUGACCUGAAGGGGUCCACCUACAAGCGCCGCGCCUCACGGAAGGAACGAACCAAAAGCUCGCCCACCUUCAAGGACCUGGACUUCCAAGAGAUGAUGCACGAAGGGCUUUUCUUCGACCCCGAGACACACAGUGCCCUCAUGAAGACACUGGAGAGAGACUGCAGGGUUCUGGAGAGCUUUAAGAUCAUGGACUACAGCCUGCUGCUGGGGGUGCAUGUUCAGGAGAGAGGCCUAAGGGACCGUGGGGGGCGCGGGGACAGCAAGAGGCAGAAGGUCCUCUACUCCACCGCGCUCGAGUCCAUCCAGGGGGACAACAAAUCUGCCAAACCAGUGCCCGACGACGACGACACGUUGGGGGGUAUUCCAGCCAAACACAAAGAUGAGAAGAUGCUCAUUUUCUUGGGAAUCAUCGAUAUUCUGCAGUCCUACAGAUUCAUCAAGAAAGUGGAACACUCCUGGAAAGCACUUGUGCAUGAUGGGGACACCAUCUCUGUGCACAGGCCGAGCUUCUAUGCUGACAGAUUCCUGAAGUUCAUGGGCAGUACAGUUUUCAAGAAGAUCCACCCUUUGCGUGGGAUGUCGUCUCGGCGGAAGCGCUCUCUGCAGGCCCAGCGUUCAGCCUCCCAGGAGCUGCUGUCCCCCCUGGCGGAGCAGAAGGACGAGAGGAAGACUCAGAGCCUGGCCAGCCUGGACAACGCAGACAUGUCCUGUGGAGUGCAGCCUGACGUGGUUCCAUCUCUGACUGGCCUGAGUGAUGCGUGUUCAGCCCUCUCCACCUGCUCCCUGGGCUCCAGAGCUGAAGCAGACACAGAGAGCAGGGACAACGAGCGCCGCAUGUCCAGUGCCACGCUGGUGCUAGGAGCCACACCCCCAUCCCAGGACCCGGUCUCCGCCCCCUCCUCCCCCUCCUCUGACUCCGAGCUGGACGUUUACCUGUGAGGGGCCUUGUUGGUGGAGUCACCAGGAUGAUGUCACCCAGAGAAACUGAGUGAUGUCUGGCCCUCUUGAGCUUGUUUCCCCCACAGUGCCCUCUGCUGGACAGAGUCAGUGCUGACAAUUGAGCCUCCUGUACUCUGCCCUACUGCUGCUACCUGAGGAGACCAGGCAUCACCAGAUGAAUCCUCAGCGACCCCACAUCAGAGCAUCAGACUGUUAUUAGGCAUCACCAGACGAGUUCAGAGCAUCAGACUGUUAUCAGACGUCGGAUCAUACUAUACUUAUACUUAGGCAUCACCAGACGAGUUUAGAGCAUCAGACUGUUAUCAGACGUCGGAUGAAAAGCACUGGUCACUCUUCCCUGAUUGCAACUGGCCCUUCCCUUUUUAAGCCACUCCCCUAUGCCCCUCACCUUUGAGUGAGUGUGUGUAUGUGUGUUAGAGACAAAGUGAAAGAGAGAGAGAGAGAGAGUGUGUGUUUACACAAGUACGAGUUUUGAGUGUGUGUGAAGGAUGUGUUUAAGUUAAAUUAUGUUUCCUGAGUCAUCUAGAAUGUAACAAGUGAUCUAGAAUGUAAAUAAUGUUUUAUAGAAAGCUAUGAGAUAAAUAUAAUUUAGUUCUUAUGCGUGUAGAUAUAAUAUGGAAAAAAGGUGUUUCUAACUCAAUGACUGGCUGAGGACCACCCCUGUGAUGGUAGUGUGUGUGUGUGUGUGUGUGUAUGUGUGAUGAUGAUGAUGAUGAUGAGUGGGGGUGAGGGUCCUUUAGAAGCUCCAGUCAGCAUAGAUUGAGUCUUAAUCAUGUAGCCUACCUAUUCCAAAUAAGUGAUGUUUGGGAGGAGGACAUAUUUAUCCAUAUCAAUCAGUCAUAUGUGCCAUCAGUAAGUUAUGAUAUUUUAAUAAAACUAUGAGAAGUUA